AGCUGCACCUCGUCGAUUGACAUUCAACUCGGCGGCCUCGACAUGGACGACCACGAUACGGUCUUUGGGGAGGCUGGGCCGUCAAAGGCAGCUUUCAACGAUGCUAAAGCAUCAACCGAGUCGCUCGGCGCGAUCGAUCCUGACUCAUUCGAUACCAUGGUAUAUGAAGGGACAUAUAAGGGCCGAGCCCUGAUCACUCGAUACCUACACAUGUCAAAGGUUUCCUCGAGGCAACCUUCGCAUCCAGCGCUCGCCAAGAUCGCUUGCCUCAAACUAUACCCAAUGAUCAAGGAUCAAACGUUGGACCAUAAAUCGUAUCUGAACGUGAUGACCAAGCUGCACGGUAUCUGCGCAGGACGGUCAUCAGCAGGCACGGGGGCCGGGAUGGAGGUGGAUGGUGGAUCUGGCCAGAGUGAAGAGAUGGGCGUACCUGAUAUGGAGUGGGUUGAAGAGACGAUGGAGAAGGAAAGGAAGGAAGCAGCGGUAUUAGACGUUGAUCUCCGAGGAUACAUGAGCAACUUGAUCAAAGAGUCAAUCAGGCUCACAUACCUCGCUACUGCCGAGCUCGCCAUCAAGGCCGGAAACUUCAAUGGCGCGAUCAUGAAUUAUACUGCGUCAAGAGAAUACAGCACAUCUCCUCAACACCAUCUGGAUUUAGGUCUAGGCAUUCUCGAGACCUCACUGUCAUUCAAUUAUCUGUCCUCUCUCCCCGGUCAGAUUCCACGCCUUGAAACAUACCUUGACAGGUUAUACCCCGCCGCUGGAUCUUCGACGACGCGAACCGGCGCCGACCCGUCCAUCAUUACUGCUGGUGAAGUCCGCGAGAAUAGAGAACGAGAGGCCAGAGGCAUGUCCACAAGACGGAAGAUCGGCGUCAAAAUUCGAGUCGCCAAAGGACUUGUGGCUCUUGGCAACAAGGAUUAUGACAGAACAGGGAGGGAGUUUAGUCAAGUUGGAGAAGAUGGAGGUUUGGGCGACUGGGAGGGUCAGGUGAUAUCGACUUCUGACAUGUGUCUCGUCACUGCUCUCUGUGUACUUGCGACGGGAUCCCGCGACCGUAUCCGCCAAGAGCUUUUAGACCGGUCAUCCUUCAGGAUCGGCCUGGACGACACUCAAGGUUGGAUCCUAGACCUCGUUCGCGCAUUCAUGGAUGCGCAGUAUGGUCAGGUGUCGAGUACACUGGCGAAACAUGAACCAUUCUUCCUUCUCACGCCCUUCCUCUACCCUCAUACUCAAAUUCUCAUCAAUCUCAUCAAGAGCCGUUCGAUCGUCCAGUAUAUCGAGCCGUUCUCCUCCAUCCGGAUUGACACUAUGGCCACGGCCUUUGGACUCAGCGUAGCCAACACGUUGGAGACAAUAGAGAGUUUGAUCAAGGAUGGCAAAGUUCGAGGAAGGAUAGAUCUCAUCGACAUGGUGCUCACUAUCUCUUCUGUUGAUCUCCGAGCCCAGGUCUACGAUCGAGCCUUUGCAGUUGGCAAGACUAUUCUUCCUCAAACGCACGGCGCGUUGAUUAGGAUGAAGUUGCACGAAGCAGGCAUCAAUGUCGACCCUCGCGUGCAUUCGAACGAGUCAAAGUCCCCUUCGGCGCCUCUUACCGCGCCACUGAUGGGCCCGACAGACUCUACUGAUAAUCUUGAGACUGCCGAAGGGUUUCACGAUGCUCCGGAGCAGUUCGGAUUUCAGGAUGAUGACACUAUGAAGGAUCUAAGCUCCGAUGGCGAAGUGGCGUGACGCUACCUUCUCGAAGUACCAUGUACAUAGCCACAUCAUGCACUGUAAUAUAC